CUGCCCGGGCCCGUCAUGCCAGGAGGACCUGCUCACUCUGCUGAAGGGCGCUGUCCAGGGCAACCAGUCUCAGCAACAGCAACUCCAGGACCAGUUCGGAAUCAGCUUACAGACGCUCAUCGACAACGCCAAGCCUAGGAUAGACCCUAACAAAGCCCAGGACGCUGUAAAGAACGAUGUAGCUGUGGACAAAGGGUUGGUGCCACCUGUAGACAAAAAGUUGUUACAGAGUGAUAACAGAACUAGUGAAAACACGACUGCUGGGGAAGAGGAGUUUUUCUACAUCGUGCAUGACAAGGACGGAUCGAGCAGACAGAUCCCCAGUAAACACCCGGUGGUGAGGAUACACCAGAACGUCAACCUCACCGCCAUCAUGGAGGCCUUCAGACGCCCGUGGAUCAGGGAUGACGUGUCGCUGUCAUUAACUAGGUCCGAGCUUGAGCGGUGCUGCUCCAGCCGCACGAUGGCGCUGAUGACACAGGAGAACUAUGAGGUGGGACAGUUCGUGCCCAGCGCCUUCAACGCCAGCGACGCCAGCUCCUACAGGAUGACGGACGAGAUCUACAACGUGCUACUCAAGAAAUCCCCGUACCCAGACAAACUUUACAAGACAUGUUCAGUAGUAGGAAACAGCGGAGUACUGAGGGAGAGUAACUGUGCUGACCACAUAGACAGCGCAGACUACGUCUUCAGAUGUAACAUGCCGCCUCUGACGGACAAGCGGCAUCUCUCCCACGUCGGCACCAAGUCCAACUUCACCACAGUGCCAAUGUCCAUGCUUAGAAAGUACGGGAAGAUCCAGGACUCGCAGGAGCUGAAGGACCGGUGGUACAACCAGACCCUGCAGUACAAGGGCAUGGUCAUCAUCAAGAAACCGAAAGACCAAACGCUGGUGAUGCAGGCCGAGCUGAUGAAGCGGCGGACGGACCUGCGCGUGGCCUACGAGAACCCCGCUCACUUCAUCGGCGUGCAGCGGUACUGGGCACAGCGGGGCCUGCCCAGGAAAAUUACCUCAGGUUUUUACGUGAUCACGGUGGCGCUGAUGCUGUGUGAGCAGGUGAACGUGUACGGCUUCUGGCCGUUUCCGUUUAACGACUCAGGCGGGAAGGUGCGCUACCACUACUACUACGCGCCAAUCUUCGUUGCCCCGGAGACGCACGACAUGGCGGUGGAGUUCAUGAAAGUGAGAGAACUGCACCAGAAGGGCGUCAUCAAGAUGCAGCUCGGGAAGUGUCAGGAGAAGAAACCGAAGAGAAAACUGUGACAUUGAACUUUAAACUUUUACAUCUAUCAAAAAUUUGUACGGUAUGGUAUUUGGACGGGCCGAUUAAUCUGUCCUUACAGUAAAGGGCUGGACUGUGAAAUUACAAGAGGUGGGGAUGGCUUCAAACAAAAACAGUCAUGUGGGACUUCAAGGAGUUGGGUUACAACUGGAAGGGAGUAAG